AUGUAUUCAGUCGCCUUCCGGCGGCUGCCGUUCGUGGGGUCGCGGUUGCAAGCCACGGGCGUUCUCAUAAUUAUUAAAAUGCAGAGUCUAAGAAAAACCGUAGACAAAAAGAACAAACUCGAUACCAAAGACGAUUCGAUUGCCAAGAAGCAAGAUGAAAAAAACAAAAGAAACGACCACAGAGUUUCGACUCCACGAAGUUUCGUACCAAAAUCUACAGCUGACAUUUAUGCGAAAUCCACUUCGAGUGUUAACGCACCAAAAAAAGCACCUCACACUAAAACCACGAACAUAUCUCCUAUGAAAGAUCUGCUAAAAUCGUCGCCAUCAUCCAUAAGUCAACAAAGUUCUAGAAGUUACAGAUCAAACAAAACGGCCGAUGCAAGAAAAGUAACACCCGUUUCCGCUAGAUCAACUGAUAAAAAUAAAGUUCCAACGAGAACUUUGGCUAACAAGAAACUACCCACGAACGCCAUUGUUAAUUCUCCAAUUGUGAAAAGGAAGUUAGAUUUAGGUCAAGAUAAAUCAAAGGAGGUCGCGUCGAAAGCGUUAGCGCUAAAUUCGAAAGAGGUUUCAUCGAAAAAGGUUGUAUUGCCAACGAGACAACGCACUAAAACGAGAACUUUGGACGACGAGGAAAUAAAAGUAUUAACGCCGGAUGUUGUGGACAAUAACGCUGAAUUUCUUAAUUUGACGAGGCAAUUAAUUGCCAAGCCAAAAGUUUUCUAUGUAGAAUUGAAUGAAGAAAAGAAACAGGUGAAAAAGGAAAGGUCAAGUGACGAGGAAGUGAGUUACGAAGAUGACUUCGAGAGUUAUGAGUCUGACUUCGAUUCCUAUCACAGUCAAGAGAACGAUACGAGCACGGGUGAUGAUGAUGAUGAUCAUAACGAAGCUAGUGAUGAGCAAUUUGACGAUAAGGAUGAUAGUGCUAAUGUCCAAAUAGAGGAUGAAGAUGCAAAUUCUAAAGAUGAAAGGAUGUUGGAUUCUGGUAACUACGAACUGCGUGAUCCUCGUUCAGCGAAUAGAUCCAAACCGAUGGACUUUAUAUCUGAAGUCUCAGAAGAGGGGGAGGGAAAGAUCAAGCAAUAUUCCGAGGAUAGUGUAAAAGUAUCCCUCACGGAUGAGGGAUUUCAAGACAUGUCUAGCAUCAAGAUUGUUCAUGUAGAUGUUUUGGAUAGGCCCUUAUUCAUUGAUUUCACGAGAUCGAAAGAGAACAAACGAAAGCGCCGCAUAUUCGAUAAGUUGCGAAAACGAGCAAAAGAUAUCCUCAGCAUGGUAACUUUGCAUGAAAUGUCGUAUAAUCUAUUCGAAAUGGCGCCAAUACCGUACGACUUGUAUAUGGCAACGUUUGGCAGAUUUAAUUAUACCCAAACAGCCGUUCAGACAUUCGACGAUGGAGUCACAGAAGAAGUACAGACUGAUAGAAUUGUAUUUUAUAACAAAUGGACGCAAUGUCCUGUUGAGUUCUCUGAUACUGAUAUAUAUUUGAAUGAUAAUACAAAUACAAAAAUAACAAAUGAAGAUUUGGAAGACUUUAAGUUUCUCACUGAGAAUGAAAAUGAUAAUGUCGUGGAUGAUAAUUACAAAAGUGAUCCGUUAAGAAUAUAUUUAGAACAGAAAGAUGGCGUCGGUCCCGAUACAAUGAUGCCAAUCGAGAAAUAUAAAACAAAAUUAAAAAGUAAUUCGUACAAUGUGGAUAGAUUAAUGAAGUUUUUAAAGAGAUUCGAAUGUCGAGUUAGUGAUAUAUUAAGUAUAAAUGCUGGCAACACUGAUACGUCGAAUUUGAUCAGAACGUCAAAAUUUCCGUUCAGUGUCGGAUAUUUGUCGAUAUCAAAGACGGAUUUCGAUGAAACGUUUUUAAGUAAAUCUCAAAUUAUAUCGACGGUGAUGUCUGAAACGAAGAGUAACUUAAUUAUAACAGUGCACAGGAAAUUUACAAGUGGUUUUGUUGCACAGAAGUGUGUGCUGUGUCUGUGGGACUUGAGUGUUGCCAAACGUGAACCUUUAAAAAUACUCAUUUCGACUGAUAAUGUUAAAAUUGGACGGUUCAGAGGGAGUACUGAUGGUCAGUUUGUGGGAGCGCUUGAAGACGGGUCAAUUCAACUGUGGGAUUUAUCGGAAGAAGCGACCUGGUCCAAUGAUGUGGUCGAUGAUGAUUCUACUGAAACAGUAGAAAUUGAAUCGAAACCCUUGACCCAAACGGAGAGGGAUAGAGUAUGGAAUCUCAGAAAUAGCACUCGCGUCAGUGACGAGAAAAACCAAUGUCUACUCCAAGCGAGCUCCUACACGAGUAGCGCAAUGGCUGUGUGCAAAAAUGAAACAGUCGACAGUGUCGUGGGGUUGGAGUUCAUGGGAGAUAUGAACACGGCUAAUUUAGGUUCUGGAAGGAAAAUUAUACGGCAGAUUUGCUCGUUACAACGGACAGGUAUAUUAACAAUAUGGUCGAUAGUACAAGAAAAAACGAACGUUAACAAUGAUAUCGGGAAAACGUUUUGGUCUAAAUUGAAAUUAGAACGAAAUCAGACAAUUAAUUUAACGGAAUAUGUAAACGCGCCGGUCGAUGAAGAAUUUACGAGAUUCAAUUUAAACGCAGCUAAGAAAAGAUUAACUGUCAAACGGCAAGAGAGAAAUUUGAGUAAAAUUUCCCGCCCGAAAUCGGCCAUUAGUAAAUUCGACUUUGACAGACCGAAAAGUGGUGCCAGUGUGAAAAAUAAACAUGUGGUUGAAAGCGAUUUGUUUCAUUUCUGGGAGAAUGGCACUGUGUUUUAUCAUUUGAAAGUAAUGGAACUGAAGAACGUUGAUAGUUAUUUGGUGGCGAAGAAUGGCGGGGAAGUGCUUUGCUGUAGGCGGACGUUGGGGACUGUUAAAGUUAAAACGCUAUGUGUCGCCAAUGCAGCGUCGUCUGUAAUACACUUGGAGUCAUCGCCGCAUGGGUUGCCGUAUUUUUUAGCCGGAACCGAUUCGGGAACAGUCAACUUGUGCUCGCUCAUUGAUUUCCGAGUCCUUCUAACUCUGGAGUGUGGAAGCGGUCCAGUUUUAGUAGAUAGAUGUAUUGCGGAUGACAGAGGGCGAUACAUAUCCAGCGUUAAGAAAACAACCAUCGAUACCAGUGCCAGUAAUAAGUUGGCAAUAAAGUCGAUAUGCUGGUCACACACAAAUCCGUUUUGCAUAAUCGCAGUUUGUAACACAAAUGUGUUUGUUUGGGAACUGACACACAGUGACAUGAGAGCCAAGUGUACGAGUGGAGAUGUUGCACACUGUUGUUCCACCGAACGAGCUCUGGCUUUACUUACCACAGAAGGCAACGUACAAAUCUACAAGAUGAGAGACGAAACGGGGAACUUGGAGCUGUUCCAAAAAUACGUGUCCCUACUGUAGCUGUAU